AUGAGUAGGUCUUUAUACCAUGCUUCGCAUAAAUUGAGCACGCCUAUUAUUAGAAUCGAUCCAAAUGAGGAAUUAAACUUAAUAUGUAAAUUGCUUUUUUACCAGCCUACUGGCUACCAUGCCAAUUCUAGAAAAUUAUAUAAAGACCUCAAGAAGGAAGGGUACCGAUUUCCAUUCAAAAAAGUGCAUAACUGGCUUAUAAAUCAGAAUGAAUGGCAAAAGUAUGCUCCAUCACCGAAAGAUACUCCACGGACAUAUAAAUGGGCACUCACUAUUAUAGACGUUGCAUCUCGUUUUAAAUACGCUGUUCCUCUAACUUCAAAAAACAGCUCAGAGGUAGCCAAGGCGUUUAAGAAAAUUUAUGACAACCCGAAUAUCCCUCUUACCUGGCCUGAUUUAUUACAAUCUGACGGUGGUAGAGAAUUUAUGGGUGAAACUUCCAAGCUUAUGCAAGAGCAUAAUGUAAUAAUACGAGUCAUUGUGGGUUAA